GGUGCGGAGAUAGAGGAGCGACUGGUGACCCACCUGCUGUCUCCAGAGCGCUACAACAAACUGAUCAGACCUGCUGUCAACAAGAGCCAACAGGUCACCAUCCAUAUACAGGUGUCCCUAGCCCAGCUCAUUAAUGUGAAUGAAAGAGAACAGAUCAUGACCACCAACUGCUGGCUGACUCAGGUAUGGAAUGACUACAGGUUGGUGUGGGACCCAGAAGAGUAUGAGGGCAUAAAGAAGGUCCGCCUCCCGUCUCAGCACAUCUGGCUACCUGACAUCGUCCUCUACAACAAUGCGGAUGGGAACUACGAGGUGUCAUUCUACUCCAAUGCGUUGGUCUCCAACAAUGGAGAGGUGUACUGGCUGCCCCCCGCCAUCUACAAGUCGGCCUGCAAGAUCGAGGUCCGCGACUUCCCCUUCGACCAACAGAACUGCACGCUCAAAUUCCGGUCCUGGACCUACGACCACACGGAGAUUGACCUGAUCCUCCUCAGCGACUUCGCCAGCCGUGACGACUUCAAGCCCAGCGGCGAGUGGGACAUCGUGUCUCUGCCGGGACGCAAGAACGAAGACCCCUCUGACAUCACCUACCUGGACAUCACCUAUGACUUCAUCAUCAAGCGCAAGCCACUGUUCUACACCAUCAACCUCAUCAUCCCCUGUGUGCUGAUCACCUCUCUGGCCAUCUUAGUGUUCUACCUGCCGUCUGACUGUGGAGAGAAGAUGACUCUCUGCAUCUCAGUCCUCCUGGCCCUCACUGUGUUCCUGCUGCUGAUCUCCAAGAUCGUCCCGCCUACGUCUCUAGCUGUCCCUCUCAUAGGGAAGUAUCUGAUGUUUGCCAUGGUGCUGGUCACCUUCUCCAUCGUCACCAGUGUGUGUGUGCUCAAUGUGCACCACCGCACGCCCUCCACACACACCAUGCCCCGCUGGGUUAAACGCCUCUUCCUGCACCGCCUCCCCUCCUUCCUGUUCAUGCGUCGGCCGGGCAGCUCCAACAUCCGGGAGAGGUUCCGCCAGAAGCACCAGCGGCGCUCCUACUCUGACCUGAAGCUGAGAGACGGGGAGUCGGCCAAGCGGUACGGCUGGAAGAUCAGCGACCUGUCAGAGAAUACAGAGUUCAGGAAGAGGAUGACGGUGAAGUGUCACGCAGAUGUGGAGGAGGCAGUGGACGGGGUGCGCUACGUCGCCGAGAAGAUGAAGAUCGAGGAUAACGAUGAGGGGGUCAUCGAGGACUGGAAGUACGUUGCCAUGGUGAUUGACCGGCUGUUCCUGUGGAUAUUUGUGUUUGUGUGCAUCACCGGGACGUUGGGGCUGUUCAUGCAGCCCCUCUUUCAGAGCUACAACACACCCACGGCAGAUGACCUGGAGCAGAACUGA